AUGGCUCCUGAAAUUCUACGAGAUCAGGAUUCACCAACUUGUUCGAAGGCAGCAGAUAUUUACUCCUUUGCCAUAAUUUCAUCGGAAGUAAUUACGCGAAAACCCCCGUGGAAUUAUCAAGAACGAAAAGAAAGCUUGGAUGAACUACUGUACAUGAUUAAAAAAGGCGGACACGCACCUAUACGUCCAGAUCUCAACAUCGAUGGCGAAAUCAACUCUGCAUUGGUAGACAUGGAUGCAGUAUUUCGUUUUUUCUCUCCGCAGACGACGAACUCUGAAAAGAAGGGCAAUCUCAUGGAUCACAUGUUUACCAUGCUUGAGGAUUACACAAAUACACUUGAGCUGGAUGUCGAGGAGCGAACGAAGGAGCUACAGGAGGAAAAAAAGAAGGCAGAUAUUCUUUUAAGGCGAAUGCUACCGAGCCAAGUAGCUGAUCGCCUGAUGUUGGGCCAAACGGUAGAAUCGGAGAGCUUCGACUGUGUUACAGUAUUUUUUUCCGAUGUUGUCAAAUUCACCCAGUUGUCUGCAAAAUGCAGUGCCUAUCAGGUCGAAUCGAUCGGUGAUGGCUAUCUAUGCGUUUCUGGCCUUCCACUUAGAAAUGGGCACAAUCACAUAAAAGAGAUUGCAGAACUAUCGCUCUCAUUCAUGGACUUUGUUAACGAUUUCCGAAUCGCGUCUCUUCCAAAGGAAAGAAUUCAACUUCGAAUCGGAGUUAACUCAGGUCCUUGUGUAGCCGGCGUUGUUGGGUUGAGCAUGCCCCGAUACUGCCUCUUUGGUGACACCGUGAACACCGCCUCGAGGAUGGAAAGCAACGGAAAGGGUGAAAGAACAGUUCUUGUAACUAAAUAUCAGACUCUUAUAAAAGAACAUCACUCCGGUUCUUGUGAGCCAGCGCUUUCAGUAAAGGAUAACUGCAACAAAAUUUGCAUUUCACUUGCUACAUGCUAUUUGUUAGCCUACAAAAAUGGAAAAAUUUACGCAGCCUUCGCAGUCAGUUGA